AUGUACUUGACGGGUGAUGCUAAAAUUUGGUGGAGAACUCGAAAUGAAGAUGAUGUAAGUGUUGGUUGUCCUAGAAUUGAUACGUGGGACAAAUUAAUAAAAGAAAUGCGCAAUCAAUUUCUUCCUAGCAACGCCUAUUGGAUUGCAAGGGAUAAGUUGAAAAGGCUAAGGCAGACAGGUUCAGUGAGGGAAUACAAUAAAGAAUUCACCUCUGUGAUGUUAGACAUUCAAAACAUGUCUGAUGAGGAUAAGUUACACAACUUCAUUUCGGGUAUGCAAGGCUGGGCGCAAAACGAACUUCGGAGGCAGAAUGUUAAAGAUCUGCCUGGGGCGAUUACUGCUGCAGAUUCGUUGGUUGAUUUUUGGACAACUCGUCCUUUGACAGAUGUUCCCUCUACUUAG